UGAAAUGAGAUGCAGCCGCCUGCAAAAUCAUCUCGGAUUUUUGACAUUUUUACCCCAAAAGAAGAACAGAGGACGUCCAGUUUUAGCUAAAAUAUCAAGAUCUUUUGGGAAGGCAUUUAAAAGGCAUUUGAGAACAUCAUGAAGUCAUGAAACGGUGAUAUUUUUAGCUGACGUUGUCAAUUCAGUAUAUGUAGGAGUACUUUGUACAUCAACAUGCAAGGUGGGAAGUCUACAUUGACGAAUUGAUCAAAAUGGUGGAGGACAAAGUUCCGUACAGCACGCCAAAACCUGUAAGCACUGCCGGGGAUCCCAUCAUGAAGCCGGACACCAGGGAAUCAGAGACCAAUGCCCAUCAGGAGGGUACCAUGGAAAGCACCCAGCAGCAGAGUACACCAGACGAGGAGCCUGUCACCAAUUCCGACUAUGAUUUGUCAGACGAUGAGGAACUGGAAAUCACAGCCGAGGACCGCGCCUCAUUGCGCUGGUACUUUGCCGUCGUUAGCUUCCUGAUGGGUGUGGUCGUUGCUAGUUUGAUGGGAUACACCUUCUCGAUGCACUUGGCCAAUCUACAGGAGAACAGGUUGUGGUUCAGUAACAUCAUGAGUGAGUUCAAAGAAGCAACCAGGCGGACGGAACAUUUGAUCUUGGCUAAAUUUGGAAAAAGAGGUACCACGUCUCUGUAG